AGAGUUGUGAAUGUUGGCAAAAGCCGCAAAACUAAGUACAAAGAGAGAGAACUACCAUAGUAGAAAGAAACGAAGGCAGACAUAGGUACCUCAACAACCAUCGUUGGCUACUGCCACUUAUUAUCUAAAAAAAAAAUUCCAAACUUCCCCUUAAUAAUUAUUAUUCUCAAAAACCUCAUAUUUCUCACCAAUCCAUCUCUCCCUUUUCAAACCCUUAUUUCUCUUUCAACACAAUCUUGUAUGGUCUUAGAUAAGAAGUUUAACUUUUUGCAUUGCCUAAAGUCAGGCUAUCAUUAGCCUGCCUGCAACUUAAAUUAUCAGUGAUGGAUUUGAAUGGUAUAAGAGCUUAGAGAUGGGCUUUUGGGUGUUUGCAUAGCAUCAGAGUAUUUAAAAAUGCUUUCUUUAAGGAAUUUUUGGAGAAGGCAUAAGAGGAAAAUUCUUAUUACAUCAGGUGUUCUAGGAAGUGGGUAUUUUCUUUGUAAACUAUACAAUGCUCACCAACAGAAGCUCGCUGAUCUGGAGAGGGAACUUGCUCGCCAAAGGGCAAAUGAUGAACUAAUCAAGGCCCAACUGCAAGACCAUUUCGAGAAUGUGCAAUUAAUAGCUGAUACAACAACAUUGCCUCAUGCAAUGCAAUAUUUAAGAACUCGGAUAGCAGAAGAACUGGACCUUUCUCAGCUCACUGAAAGGCUACAGAAAGGGAAGGGUCAGCCAACCACGCUUACCUCUUCAGAGAAACUUGAACUGUGGGACAGACUCAAAAUCCUAAGUUUCACACAAAUGUUGGUUUCGCUGUGGGCUGUGACAAUGCUUAGCUUAUACAUCAAAGUUCAAGUAAAUAUUCUAGGAAGACAUUUGUAUAUUGAUACUGCUCGUGGCCUUGGAAGCUCACUUUUACUUGAGAAUGUUGAUCUUGUUGAUAGGGAUGACCAGCAAAAGUUUUUGGGUAGUGCUGAUUUUCUCGCAAAUAAUGGCCUGCUGGCAUUGAUUUCAAAUAUCCAAGCUGUGGUAACAGAAGUUCUUGAGGGAAAGAAGCUGACAGAUUUGUUCAACACCACAUCACUUCAUGAAACUGUCAUGCAAAUACUUAACAAGUUCAUGAGCAUGGGAAGUCCGCACCAAUGGAUAGACUACUUAAUGCCUGAAGAUUGUGGGCACUACAAACUAGGCCCAAGCUCCAGCAUUGAUGACAUGAUCCUUCCUGAUAGCAUGAAUUUUGAUCAGCUUAUGGUGGAGGCACGGGCAGUGCUAUCAAGUGCUGAAUUUGGUAAAAUCAUGGAAAUAUCUUUGAAAGUAGCGGUGGAUGCACUGGUAGAUGAUAUGGAGGCUCAGAGCCAGUCCACUGGGGCCAGUCUGACAUUAGGGAUGCCACUGGCAAAACUCCUAUCACGAGUUCUGCAGAUAGUACCAUCUUUACUCGGUGAAGCAAGCCAAAACCAGAUUAUCCAAAUCAUCCGGAAUGUACCAGAAGUUGAACUAUUCUUCACUCUCCUCUAUGCAAACAACCUCUUAGACUAGCGAGCCGGAUUGUAUCUUUAUCCAUCUCCUUUUUCUAUUAUUAUAAUUUUGGUUUUCAUACAAGGGGUGCGCGCGCCCAUGUUAAAAUUUGUAUGGUACCAGGCUUGGGAUCUACAAAAUGUCAACCGCAUGAAAGGAGGAAUGAAAGAGAAGGCUAAAAGAGAUUUCAUUUUGUAA